UGGGUGGGGGAACAGGAAAAAUAGUACGUUCCCUACCUCUAGCCUUUUCCUGAUCCCGUAUAUGUGACAGGGUGCGCGAGCUACGGUGUAGCUCGUUAUACUUUUGCGCGUGCGCCUGAGCGAGGGGGCGCCUCACCGAACUCCCCGCCUCACAAAUCGAAACUAGCAGAUCUCCAGCAGAGAAACCGUGCAGGCUAGCAGAACAUGGUGUUGGAAGCAAGCGGGUAGUAGUCGUGUCUGAAAAGUGAAGAGAAACCAUUGGCCCAGGAGGAGUACCCAAAACAUGGAGUAUGGAAGACGAGGGGGCCGUGGAGAUAGGACUGGCCUAUAUGGUGCCUCUGUCUGCUCACAAGAUGAGGGAGUAGAGAGCCAAAGUCUGAGAGACCUUGAUUAUCGGGACAUGGAUUACCGUUCCUACCUCUGUGACUUCAACAGUCAGGAACUCAAACAUGAUUAUGGCUUAUCUGAGGAACGGAGUGCAGAGCAAUCUUAUGAGGCUUCUUCAGGUUCUGAAACACAGCGUAAGUGGGACAGCCCUACUGAGCCACUUGGUUUCCCUGGAGAUGGUGACUUACGGGACCAGGAUUAUCGAACAGAGCCAAGGGGGGAGGAAGAAAAGGCCAGUAACAUCAUCUUGCUGAGAAUGCUGCCACAGGCAGCUACUGAAAAUGACAUCCAACUGCAACUUCAGGCUUAUGGAAUCCAGGCUCGGGAAGUACGGCUGAUGCGAAACAAGACAUCCGGUCAGAGCCGGGGCUUUGCCUUCGUGGAAUUUAAUCGUUUGCAAGAUGCUACAGGAUGGAUGGAAACCAGUCAGCGUUCUCUCAGCAUCCUGAGUCAGAAGGUUUCCAUGCACUACGGUGAUCCCAAGCCUAAAAUUAAUGAGGAUUGGCUUUGCAACAAGUGUGGAGUUCAGAACUUCAAGCGCCGGGAAAAGUGUUUCAAAUGUGAUGUGCCCAAGUUAGGUGAGUAGUUAAGUNNGCAGCCAAUGCCUUUCGGUGGCCAGGAGCUGAACCAAGGCCUGUUCCCUUUACGUCACUCGUACCAGACCCAAAAUUUACUUACCUCCCGAGUUCUGGCCCAGGGCUCUGAGCCCAAUUCUGAGAAUGCUAAUGACACCAUAAUCCUACACAACCUGAAUCCUCAUAGCACCAUGGACUCAAUCCUAGGGGCUCUGGCGCCCUAUGCUUUACUGUCCUCUUCCAAUGUCCGAGUCAUCAAAGAUAAACAGACACAGCUGAAUCGAGGCUUUGCCUUCAUCCAGUUAUCCACCAUCAUGGAGGCUGCUCAGCUUCUUCAGAUUCUUCAGGCUGUGCAACCCCCCCUCACUAUUGAUGGCAAGAUAAUUACUGUGGAAUUUGCCAAAAGUUCCAAGAGAGACAUAUCCUCCAGUGAUGGAAACCGUACCAAUGCUGCUUCUGUGGCCAGUACAGCAAUUGCUGCUGCCCAGUGGGCCAUCUCACAGACAUCCCAGGGUGGGGAAGGAAACUGGAUGGCUUCAGAGGAGUCAGUGACUGACUACAGCUACUAUCAGCAUGAUGAGGACUAUUGGGGCCCAAGAAGUGAAGCUACUCUCUAUGGCCAUAGCAGCUACCUUAAAAGUACCAAGACUGUGGGUGUAGCAGGUAGCAAAGGGGACCUGGCCGGAAUAGGCUCUGAGAGUUCCUUGGAGCCUGGCAUACCUGGUAUAGACUCCAUGCCACUCAUCCACACCUUCCACCAUGCCCAGUCUACUGUCUGUCAGCAGUCAGGUACUGAGGUGGGCAGUACCCAGGGCACAGUGACCAAUACCCAGGCCCAGUCAUACACAAUUAUGUCACCUCCCAUUUUGAAGGCAGAGCUUCUGAGCUCAACUCAGCUUAACUCUGCAUCAUCAGCUGCCACUAGCCCCUCUGUUCAGGAUUCCUGUGGCCUGUACCCUAUCCCUGAUGUUUCCACCUACCAAUACGAUGAGACUUCAGGCUACUAUUAUGAUCCUCAGACUGGACUCUACUAUGAUGCCACCUCUCAGUAUUAUUACAAUGCCCAAAGUCAGCAAUAUCUUUACUGGGAUGGAGAACAAUGCACAUAUGUCCCUGCUCUGGAGCAGGUAGCUGAUGGGCAAAAGGACACAGGGAUCAUCUUGAAGAAGGGCAAAGAGAAGAAGGAAAAGCAUAAGACCAAGACAGCACAACAGAUUGCUAAGGACAUGGAACGUUGGGCCCGCAGCCUCAAUAAGCAGAAGGAAAACUUUAAAAAUAGAUUCCAGCCAAUUAGUGCUCUGCGAUUGGAUAAACAGCAUGAAUCAGCUACAGCUGAUGCUAGUUGUGCCAUCCUUGAGAAGAAGGGGGCACUGACUGAGAGGCAUGCCACCAUGGACCUCCCAAAACUUACCAGGGAUGGGCGGAAUCCACCACGAGGACUAGUGGCUGCAUACAGUGGGGAAAGUGACGGUGAGGAGGAACUUGAGCGGAAUACUGAAAGGGAAGAGAGGCUCACAGACUGGCAGAAACUGGCUUGCCUUCUUUGCCGACGCCAGUUCACUAGCAAGGAGGCAUUAAUCCGCCAUCAGCAAUUUUCUGGACUACACAAGCAAAACUUAGAGAUUCAUCGAUGUGCCCACCUGUCUGAAAAUGAACUUGAGGCACUGAAGAAGAAUGACAUGGAGAUGAAAUAUCGAGACCGAGCGGCAGAACGCCGAGGAAAGUGUGGCAUUCCUAAGCCUCCAAAGCCCAAAAAGAGAAAAUUUGGAACCAUGGUUGCCACUUCUUUGGGUCUUGCACAGUCAGCUCAGGAUGGACUGAGUAGCAACAACAUUGGUAGUCGCAUGCUACAAGCCAUGGGAUGGAAAGAAGGCAGUGGACUAGGCCGUAAAAAACAAGGCAUCAUCACCCCCAUUGAGGCCCAGACAAGGGUGAGAGGCUCUGGCCUAGGUUCUCAGGGCAGCUCAUACAGCAUCACCUCAUCUGAAUCAUACAAGGGAACUCUGCACAAGACCAUGCUGACCCGCUUCAGUGAGGCAGAGUGAGCCCCACCUAGCAUCUCCCCAACCUGUUUGUUUUGGAACAACCAUGGGACUGCCUUGGUGUGGGGAGCAAAUGGUAGAAGAUGGCAAGGAAAGAUUUGGACUCUGCUUUUGUUAACUAUUCCACCCCCCUCCCCCUGUUUACACACCAGGAGGCCCCCCCCCCAGCCACAUUUUACUUUGCAUCUUUUGUUGGGAAGUUAUGCUCUCCCAUUUCCUGUGUGUACUGUUAAUGUUCUAAUAA